AGUGGUCAAUCUGCCUUUGCUUUGUCUUUGCAAAAAAUUGCACAUAGCGUGAAAUUAUAUUAAAUACUUGAAUUAAAUGAUCGGUAUCUGAGAUAUGAUUAAUUAACAAAUUAGACAAGAUGUCAGACACUGCAAACAGCAAUGGCAGCUCCAAUUCCUGCGUUGAGACACCCACGGCACCAGAAUGGCUGUCCAAACUGGAAAGCAGACGCGAAUUGCUGAAGCGCUCGAGGCUGGGACACGAAUCUGGAGCGGGUGCCCCUUGUAGCGAGUGCCAGGAUAAGUGUCCUGGGCUGGAUCUGCACUUCUGGCGCAAGGUCUGCCGCAACUGCAUGUGCCGAAAGGAUCAACACCUGUGCACAGAUGAUGACGCCACCGGCUGGGCGCAGUUUGAAAUCUUAGGCCAGAUCCGCGCAAAGCCAGCGUUUAUCAAGAUCAAGGCUCUAGCCAGUCAACCCGUGCAGGUGGAGUGGGUGCCACCCAAUGCGUCACCCGAUGUCGUUUCGGACUAUAUGGAGACUCUGGGCGCUGCUCAAAUACCCGUUGCCGGCAGCGACGCAGCGCACAAGCGUAAACAGCAACUGGAGUUCCAGGUGCCACCUCACGAUCUGGAUGCCGCACUCUGCGACAAUCUAACGGAGACCGAGGCCCAGCAACUUCAGCAAUAUGUGCAGAAAUUACGCGACCAAUGUGUGGGCCAAGGCAUUGUAGUCCGUGUGGGACGCCUGGCUCACGGCCACGUUGAGAAUGUUGUGCCUUUACAAUCGAGCUGCGUCCAAUUGCCGUUGGACACUUCUAACAGUCUGUUGAAUUCACUGGGCCUGCCGCCAGUUGCCGAUGCCACGUUGGACCAGCUGCUGUCGAAUCCCAAAGUGGCAAACGCUCUUUCCCAGCAAGGAGCACACACUCAUCCCAAACUAUUCGUGGCCUUUUCGGAACCAUUGAGCGACUCCACAGCACAGUUCGACGAACACUCCGCACUGCGUGCUCAGACCAAGGAGAAACUGUUGGGUAUCAGCAAAACUGCACUGCAAAGCCUCGUUACACAUGGCAUCAUCUACGACAAGCUGCUGGGCAUCCUAAAGGAGAAGAACCUUAACAUAUCCCGUGAUCCCAGACUGGGACCAAUUGCGGAGUUUCGCAAGGAAUAUGCCAGCAAUCCGCAGUUCAAAGCGGAGAUUAACACGGUCUGCCCACCGCCAGCGUUGGCCACAACACCAUUGAAGUCCUCAGCAUCCACUCCGUUUCAUUCACCGCUGCCAAUUAAGAAUCCGGUGCACGCCCGUUUCGGUGCACAAUUGCGACAGGAUACGCCCAUGCGACGUGUCAAGUUUGGCGGCGUGUCCACUAUCCUCUAUGACUGCGGAUUGCCGGCCCACAUUGACUACGACCGCGAUCCGGUUUUUGCCCAGAUCGUUCAGGCGGAGCCAUUAAAGCAGGCGCUGCAGGAGGCGCGAACUGGUCGAACGGCACCCUCGGUUAUUAUUGCUGCAGCUCCAGCGGCCACUGGAAACCUACAACAGCUGCAGGGAUUGGCGCCGGCAACAAAGGCUCAACUGCAACGCGUGGGCGUGGAUAAGCACAUGCUGCACUCGGCAGUAGCAAAUGCACCUUACUACAAUCGCCUGUUCCAGACGCUGAACGACAAGGGCAUCAAACACGAUCAGUGCCAGCUGUUGGAGCCGCUCAAGCAGAUGCACGACUGGCUGUUGAACGACGAGCAACUGCUGGACGACAUUGACAAGUUGUUUGCGGACAUGGCCAACGGUGCUAGUGGAGUCCGUGACAUCAGUUACGGCAGCGAGACGCUGACGAAUUCAGCCAGCAACGACUCCGGCUUUAGCUCGAAACCGUCAACUCCAGGACAGUCGGGAGAGGAUAUCAACGCCAGCUUGGGCAAGUUUACAACUAUUCCGGGCAUUGAGCACAUGAACAUGUAUCCCAGUUGCGCCGGCAUGACGGAGCAGCUGCAACACCUCCAACUGGGCGACGACAAGCGAACGAGGGAUUCCGUUGGAGCUCCUGCCUUGCCCAGCAUCAACUGUCGCGACUGCAGCUUGGCGAUCAACCUGGGCGAAGUGGCUGUCAAGGCUGAGCGGGCGGGCAAGGAGAUCGCCUGGCAUCCGGGCUGCUUCAAGUGUCACACUUGCCGUGAGCUGCUUGCCGACUUGGUCUACUUUUUCCAUCAUGGACAGGUGUACUGCGGUCGCGACUUGGCCAUUAAGUUGAAAAUACCGCGAUGCAAGGCCUGCGAUGAGUUGAUCUUCACCAAGGAGUACACCGCCGCCGAGGGCGCCACUUACCACAUCAAGCACUUUUGCUGCCUGCAGUGCGACGAACCGCUAGCUGGACAGCAGUACAUUCCUGACGAGAAAUCGAACAUGCCCCUCUGCCUGCAGUGCUACGAUAAGUUCUAUGCUGGCACCUGCAAACGCUGUCAGCUGCCCAUCGGACCAGCCGAUCAGGGCGUCGCCUGGGGCGACAUCCACUGGCACGGACAAUGUUUUGUAUGCGCCGGCGCCCAGUGCUCCAAGUCACUGAUCGGCGGACGUUUCUGUGUCAAGCAGGACAUGCCCUUUUGCAGUCCCGCCUGUGUGCACAGCAUUAUUCCAGCAUAAAUCCAAAAUGCACAGCGAUCCAAACAGUAUUUGAAGGAAGCGCACAAAUCAUGAAAUAUAAAAUAUACCCUGUAUUCCUAUUCCUAUAGAGAGAGUAGAGUUUUCACUGGCCAUGCAACCGUGCACAAUUCUGAGGUUGAACUUUUUCCGACUAUUUAA